CUUUCUCUCUCUAUGGGUGACGGUAGAAGGAAGGAAGUUUGUCCCUAGCGGACAUCCGUACAGUGAGCGGGGCAAAGGGGAAGUUUCCGAGCGUACUAGCGGGUGUUCUGCGGCGAGCUCCACUAGGUAGAAGGGAAAAGAGGAGAGCAGUGGUUGCUGCUGCUGCUGCUGCUGCCGUUAGCGGACGGAGAAGAGACCAUGUUCCGCAUCGAGGGACUGGGGCCCAAGCUGGACCCGGAGGAACUGAAGCGGAAGAUGCGCGAGGACGUUCUCUCCUCGGUCCGCACGUUCCUCUUCUACGUGUUCGCGCUGCGCAUCACUCCAUUCAUUUUAAAGAAGCUGGACAGCAUAUGAGAACGGAAGAAAUUCAACGAUGGCCUGCAUGGAAGACCAAGGUGGAUUGUGAUUGUUUUUAGGCUGCAAAGAAGAGACGGUGUAUCCUGACAAACAAAUUUAAACAUUUCCUACCAAAAGACUUGAGAAGUUUAUAGAAGAGCUGAAGAAAGGACACUAAGAACUUUGUCACUGUUCUUUCCAUGUGUUAGUAUGCCGCUUCUUUAUAUUUGAUAUAAAUAUAUUCUUCAUAGAUUAUAUCCAGAGCUUGGAAAAGUUACUUUUUUGAACUACAAUGCCCAUCAGCCUAAUCCAGUGGCCGUGCUGGCUGGGGCUGAUGGGAGUUGUAGUUCAAAAAAAGUAACUUUUCCAAGCUCUGAUUAUAUCAAUCCUGAUUUGGGAAAACUACUACCUGUACACAGAAUUCUUCUGAAUAGAGCUAUCUCUGAAGUGUAACAGUGACCAUCUCAAUGUGUCUUGUGAAGCCUCUGUGGUUAAAUCUUGAAUGGUUGAAAUAAAAUGGAGUAUAUGUUCUGA